GGCGUGUUUACUGUAGAUCUCUAAAGCAGAUAUACCCCGGGUUACAGGUGAGGUCGUGUAGAUGACUCAUAACUUCUCAUAUGAAGAACAUAGUGUGUGCGGUGCUGUGCACCCAGUCUACCGCGUGUUUAAUUGUCCUGGGAUAGAGUUACCAUAUCAUAUGAGUCCAUGUGCCUUGAGCCAGUUCGGGCUUUCCAACUCACAUCGCAAUGCACUCCUGGUACGUUUGACCUGUCUCGGGUAUGCUUGUUUAUUUUCUUUAUAAGAAAGCAGGACUACACUUCCUAAACCCUGCCCUGGAAGCGAGUCACCGAUCAGGAUACAUCUGUCACAUGUGAUAGUACCGUUCCUCGUGCAUGGGUGGACAAAGAAGCAACUGCCAACCGAGCGCGGCUCCAUCGAAAUAUGUCAGCUGUGCAGUCUUGCCCAUCUUGACUGAACUGAGUGGCAAAAGAAAGAAGUGGUAUCUUUUAAGAGCAGAUCACGUCAGAGUUUAAUUUGCAUAAUAAUCUUGUAAAGCAGCGAUGCUGUUAUUUUGUUGUUGCUAAGCUACUGUAAAUAUACUAAUAUGAGGAAUAAAUGAAACGGCCGCUAGGUUCAACUUCAGCGGAUAUCCGUGUCUUGUGUUAAUUUGCUGUGACCGAGUGAGACUGACGUCUCUUGCGGAGAUUUACACUUCCUUGUUUAGAAAGAAGAGUCCCUGAAUCGGCCGUGCACAGUAUGAACAUGUGUACAGAAAUAUCACCUAAUAUUAUUAAUAAGAUCAGAACAUAUCGUUUCGUUUUUGUCUCUAAACGCAAGGAUUGUUUGUAGAAUUUCUGCACCACCAAACGCAAGUCCACAAAGUACUUGAAAAUACUUUUACAGGUCUCAUGGAAGAAGAAAAAACAAGGAAAGCGACCAGUUGCAUAGAAGGAUGCUCUGAGAAAUGAGAAAGCAUGACUGAGGCCCCUAUCAUGUUGUGUGGGUUGUAUGUCCUUCUAGCGAGCUUCCCGGGAACCAUAGCAGAAUGGCGGACAAGCGGGAUCGUAGCCCGACCCUGGAGGAUGCAUUUAAGGCCCUGUCCAACGUAGGGAAAGACAGGCUGACCAGCCUCAGUCUGAAGCUGGAAUGUUCUGUCUCAGACACAGACAAGCUUGUUUAUGCCAUGGUGCUGAUAAAUCUGAAGCGCAGGCAGGAAGCCCGCACUGAGCUCCAAAAGCUGGGCCACAAUCAGACGGCUGUUUACCUGGCUGGCAUGACAGCCAAGGACGGCCAACACUCGGCCUCAACCAGCAAACUGCUCUCCGGCCAAGCUGAUUUUCUCGUGGACGUGGCUCGGAUCUUUAAAGUCUUGGUGGCUGAGAGGCUCUGUGACGAGUCGCUGCGAGACAACGCCUACCUGAUCGCGAUGGAGGCGUGCAAAAACGCAGGUGGGAAAUGCAAGGUGAGCCUAGAGCAUCUGAAAGUGGAGUCGAGGACUGAGUGUGACCCCCACUUGGAGCUAACAGCCCCGGAUGAGAGUGGGGGGGCGGCUUUGAAAUCCAGUGCCGGACUCUUCUCUUGGGUCAGUGGGAUGCUAAGGAGAAGCCCGGCCAUAAACAUUCACAACAGCAAAAGUCAGUCAAGGACUGAAGUCAAGAGCUCUCCGUCUUCUCUGCAAAGCCUUACAGAGAGUUCUGUUUCCUUUGCUAGUCACCUGGAGAUCAGCCAGUCUCCCACUGUGCCGUUUCUUACUGCUGGGACAAAUAAAGCGCUUUCACACUCUUCCGUUGACAGUGCAUCUGUCGGCAGCACAGGGACAGGUCAGGGGGCUGCCAGUACGAAUCUUGUUUUAUCUAGCGUGGACAUUCAGCCAAACCCUGUACCGAUGCCACCUGUACAAGGGGAAGAAGAACGAAACAGAAGCAUACAUCCAGGAGCCCAGAUUCAGGAUAGCAAUUGUAAUAUCGACUCUUCUGUGUCCACUGGACAGUCCUCUGCAGAACAGCCCAGUUGUAGUGAAGUGAAACAGGUGCAGUGCACUGCAGAUCCGGUAAGCGAUCAGCUUGUGACUUCGAAAACCGGGCUACAGGAGGAGAGCCAAGAGCCGUCAGCCUUACCAGAGAAGGUUUCUUCAGAGGAGGAAAAAACCUCACCCCCAAGCAUCCCACCAAAGACCUUGGUUGAGGAGUCGCACCCUGAAACGAAACCUUCGGAGCCCCCAAGGAACCCAACCCCAGCCCCGACCGCAGAGCAAGAGGGUGAGACGGAAAACAAGUUCUUCUCGUUUGUGAUUCUCCACGCCCGGGAGGAUGCAGACAAUGCCAUCAGGGUUCAGGAGACUCUCAAGCAGCUGGGUGCUGGGGAAGGAGCCACCUUCAGCGUGGACUUCGAAAUCCCUGGGAAAAGCCCCUUGACCUGCAUUCAGGAUGCCGUCAAUAACUCUGCCUUCACGCUCAUCCUCCUGACCACCAACUUCAACUCCCACUGGGCCCAGUACAAAACCAACUCUGUGCUGAUGGACUCCAUCGAGCGGCGCCACAAGUACAACACGGUCAUCCCCUUUCUGCCCAGGAGACACUGCCUGCCCAGAGAGAGCAUCCCUUUCGCGCUAAAGUGCUUGAUCCCCAUGGAGGAGAACAAAAGCUUCUUCCCGAAAAAGGUGAAGAAGACCUUCAACCAAAAAAUGAUUGAGAAUCAGAGGGCCCUCUGGAGCCAGGAGCAAAAAAUCAAACAGCAGAAAGAGAAGGAAGAGCAACUUAAAGACCAGAACAAGAACUAUGAACUCUUGCAACGCGCGAACGUUAACGUUCAGCUGCAGCAAUACAUGGCUUUGCAGUACACGCAGAUGCUGCAAGGAAUAAUACCACCACAGCAGCUACCAGGAGAUCCAAACCCCCAAGCACAAUAUCCCCCACACCUAAACCAAAUGCCACCUGGACAUCCUCACUAUCCUCUACCUGGCCAGCCGGCCUUCAAUCCCGCUGGACUGCCAUUCCCGGGAGGGAUGAUGCCUAAUUUCGCAGCCCAGUUUCCACUGCAGCAGUUUUUCCCAUUCCCAACCACCCUGCAGCAGCAAGCACAGGAUCAGAACGUGGGCAGCAAUCCAGGGGCCCCCCAGCCCUGCCCGCCUCCAAACAUCAUCCAGAUCCACCACGCCAGCAACAUUCAGAUCGGAAACCAGGCACAGAUGAGCGUCAGCGCGGCCAGCGAGGAAGACGAAGACGAGGAAGACGAAGAAGCAGUCCAGGAAAGCACAGGCUAGAGACAGGUGCCUGGGUAAGAGGCGACGCCAAUGCUACAGGGUGAACGGCACGCCUUUAAUAAAAAUACAAUAAAAUGGCAGCGUUUUCUGUGGGAAAGUCCUGCAGCGGAGGCCCGUGACACUGGUGGAUCCAAAAGCUAGAACUGCCCAAACUGUAUGGCCCAGAGGAUUUCCUUUCCCUUUCUCUUUCACUGUGCUUUACAGAUUGACAUUGUUGGGCAGUUAAGCUCUGUUGCACCAUCAGUACUGGUUGUUCCAGCAGCUAGAACAGAUCUAAACAAAUACAAAAUAAAAUUCGACAAAGGUUGUGUUUUCCAUUUUUUGUUGGAAAAACUGGAGGUACCUACCCAGCCAAUGUACUUUACACAUGCCUAAACACCUAAUAACCGGACCUAAUAAUUGUAUUACUUGUAUUGCAACACUUGAAAUGUAUUUGCUUACGAUUGUAAGUCGCCCUGGAUAAGGGCAUCUGCUAAGAAAUAAAUAAUAAUAAUAAUAACCUUACCCACUGCAGGCUGUGUAACAGCACAGGAAGCAGAGCUCAAAAAGGGGCAUUGCAUUUUGUCCCCUCCCAAACUGGUGUUUUUGAUUCUAUUUAUUACAUUUUACACCAAACACUUAUAAAGCUGAUAUUUUCAGCAUGGCCUUAUAAGGCAACAGCCUUCUCAAACAUGCAGCUAUGCUAUUUUGAAAAGAGUAGGGGCAGCUACACCUUUAAAUAGACCCCACUACCAAAAAUAAAACCACGUACCACUCAGUAUAAUACAGAGCCUUUCACCUGGCUGUCAUGGAAAGGGUGCUAAAGCAUACCUUGUCAGGUUAAGACUACACCUGAAGAUUGCUGAUCUCCACUAUCAGGUCUGACUGUGAACUGUUAUGAACUGUUAUUUUUAUCCCAGCCAGAUAGGACCCGUUCAGGAAAAGAGCUGGUGUUUAUGGCUGGAGUUCAUUGCUAGCUAGGGAGUGUCACCCUUUUCAGAGAGAGUUCUGAUUUCAAGAAUCGCAUUAACAGAAACAGACUAUACUCAAGGAGGAACCCACAUUUGCAAGUUAUUUUUUCUAAAUAAUUUAAAAGUACAGGUAAUACAAAGGUUUGCUUUUGUACUAAUAUUUAUUUCUGCCGAGUGUUUUCCUUUUAAUUUGUUUUCGAACUGUAUAUUCACUAUAUAUCCUCUUGGGUCACACAUUUUUAAUUACAUUUAUUUGACAUUUUAUAACACUCUGUGGAGUUCGAGAAGCUGCCCUGCCAAAACUUUGAAAAAAAAAACCAUGCAUUAUAAAAUAGAUGCAUAGAUAGGAAACUUAACAUAGGACAAUCCCACACAGUGACUGAAAGGGAUAUUCUCUUGAUACAAAGCAGUUAUAUAUACCCUAGCACAUUUAUAACCUAGCCCCUCAAAAGCCAGCAUUUCUUGUGCAAUAGAUUAUGUGUUGCCAGCUCCAUUUUUUAUUGCAUUUGUGUUUGGUAAAAAGGAACAAGGUCUAGUUACGUGAUAGUAACAUUUCUCCGUACAAAAGUGACUGCAGGGUAAUUACAUGUGAAAGAUUGGUUUCCACAGCACGGUCGUACACUGUUGAAUUUUAACCUCAGUGUUCUGCUGUUGUUUUGAAUGGCGUUACUGCAGUUCUCAGUUUUGAAUUGGGUUAUCCUUUCAGGACAGUGUGCAGUUUUAAAAGAGGAGUUCUAUAACUAGGUAGAGCCUAGUGUUGCAUUUAAGCAUUUAACUGUGAAAUUCAAAAGGUUUGGGGAGGAAAGCCCCUUAAUGAUUGAGAGGAAAAUUGUGAUUGCUAUCAAAUAAAUUUAUUAAAUUAUUCAAA